CGCGCUAUAUAAAAACAUUCUAUUUCCACUUUUUCAUAAUUCAUGGAAUUUGGGAAUAAAAAGAUCGUGUGUGUGCGCGCGUGCGCGUGUCGAGAUAACAAGACGAGCGUUUCAGUGGCCGCAGAUGAAACGGACGAGCGCGCAACUUUGAAAUGCAAAGAGCGCCGUGAUUGGCUGGCGUGUCGCGCUGUAACACAUGGCUUGUGAAUAUUGUUCAUUUCUUUUUUAUUUUAUUUACUCGGGUGACAUAAACCCUGUGCUAAUUUGGUGCUCCACUCGAGGUGUGCGAGUGCGCCGGGGGACCAAUUUAUUUACAUGCUCCACGCGAAGAAGAGGAGGAGGAGGAGGAGGAGGAAGUGCGGAUAAAAGGAGGGCAAGCGCUUGGCAUUUUGGAGAGAAAAUCCGCCGGAUCGAAGGCGCUUCUUCGCUCGGCUUCCCGACGACAAACAAGACCAAUUUAGCGUGGCGUGGCGUGGCGUGGCGUGGCGUGGCGUGGCGUCAAUUUCCCAGAAACGCUUCCAACAACUUCGCUUAGCAAGUGUCACUGUUGUGAUGAUUUGCAUAUGUUGAAACACUUUUUCCUCAGCGCGGGGAAUCGAACCCGCGACUCUGGCAUUUUUCCCGGUUCGACGAAGUCUCGCGCUUUGUUCUUGCGACGGAGCGAAGCUUGAAGAUAAACAAAAUCCGUUUUCAGCAUUUUUCAUAUUCUGCCAAGAAAUGCUUUGAUUCUUUUUUUUUUUUCUACCUCAGAGGUUCUUCCUGGUGAAUGUGAACGAAAGAGUCCAAAAGGUGCUAACAGUUAGCAUCAGAAGUUGCUUUUGUUUUAGAAGACAAAUGUUGGCGCAACGUGUACACACAUCAUGAAACAAUACUCAUAUGCAUAUAUUCUUGAGCCUCUGCAAAAAAAACAAAAAAAAAAAAAACAAAUUUACAACGGAAGUAGUCGUCGGACAAUUGGGUUGCAGCAUUCCAUCUUGACGUCCCAACACUUCCAUUGAAUUGCAGGAUGCCAGCGACCUCGGCGGACCCAUUCAAAGUAACGGCACGGCCGGCAAGAUGAACGGCGCGCUGGAGCAUUCGGACCAGCCCGACCCGGACGCCAUCAAGAUGUUCGUGGGCCAGAUCCCGCGCUCGUGGUCGGAGAAGGAGCUGAAGGAACUCUUCGAGCCCUACGGCGCCGUCUACCAGAUCAACAUCCUGCGGGACCGCAGCCAGAACCCGCCGCAGAGCAAAGGCUGCUGUUUUGUGACGUUUUACACCCGAAAAUCCGCGCUGGAAGCCCAGAACGCACUGCACAACAUCAAGACCUUAACGGGGAUGCACCACCCCAUCCAGAUGAAGCCCGCCGACAGCGAGAAGUCCAACGCGGUGGAAGACAGGAAGUUGUUCAUCGGCAUGGUGUCCAAGAAGUGCAACGAGAACGACAUCCGGGUCAUGUUCUCGGCGUUCGGCCAGAUCGAGGAGUGCCGGAUCCUGCGGGGCCCCGACGGGCUGAGCAGAGGAUGUGCCUUUGUCACGUUUUCCACCCGAGCUAUGGCACAGAAUGCAAUCAAAGCCAUGCACCAGUCGCAGACGAUGGAGGGCUGCUCGUCCCCCAUCGUGGUCAAGUUCGCCGACACGCAGAAGGACAAAGAGCAGCGGCGUCUGCAGCAGCAGCUGGCCCAGCAAAUGCAGCAGCUCAACAGCGCCACCACCUGGGGCAGCCUGACGGGCCUGGGCGGGCUCACGCCGCAGUACUUGGCGUUGCUGCAACAGGCCACGUCCUCCGGCAACCUGGGCGCCUUCGGCGGGAUCCAGCAGAUGGCCGGUAUGAGCGCGCUGCAGUUGCAGAACUUGGCCGCUCUGGCGGCGGCGGCGGCGGCGGCGGCGGCCCAAAACUCCGCCAGCCCGUCCACCGCCAGCGCCCUGUCGUCCGGCGCCGCCUCCCUGGGAGCGCUGGCCAGCCCAGCAGCGGGCGCCCCCGGCGGCGCCAACGCGGGCGGCGUGAGCUCGCUGACUUCGCUGGGCACCCUGCAGGGCCUGGCGGGCGCCACCGUGGGCCUCAACAACAUUAACGCGCUAGCAGGUAGCGUCCACAUUGCUCAAAUGCUCUCAGGUAUGGCGGCGCUCAACGGGGGCCUGGGCGGCGCCGGGCUGGCCAACGGCGCGGCGGCGGCGGCCGCGGCGGCGGCGGGCACCGUGGACGCGCUGACGCAGGCCUACUCAGGGAUCCAGCAGUACGCCGCCGCCGCGCUGCCCACCCUCUACGGCCAGUCGCUGCUCCAGCAGCAGGGCGCCGCCGGGAGCCAGAAGGAAGGUCCCGAGGGCGCCAACCUCUUCAUCUACCACCUGCCGCAGGAGUUCGGCGACCAGGACAUCCUGCAGAUGUUUAUGCCUUUCGGGAACGUGGUCUCCGCCAAAGUCUUCAUCGACAAGCAGACCAACCUCAGCAAGUGCUUCGGCUUCGUGAGCUACGACAAUCCGGUGUCGGCGCAGGCGGCCAUCCAGGCCAUGAACGGCUUCCAGAUCGGGAUGAAGCGGCUGAAGGUGCAGCUCAAGCGCUCCAAGAACGACAGCAAACCUUACUGAUGCUAGCCCGCACAUGCUGACGCCACCCCC